UUCUGAUUAAAAAUAGUGGCUUUCUUCUCAGGUUCACUCUGACAUGAGCGUUAGUGCACCUUUCCUUGUUCUAGAUGAAAACAAGAAGAUGAUGCUUUUGCCAUUGACUCUCCUUCACAAUGAAGCUCCUGAUCCUGUUAACAUUUCUUCUUGGACUGAAGUUCCUAAUGUUUCUACAACUGCUGAGUUUCCUCUUCAAAAAUGGGUUCAUGUGGGUUGCGAGGUUUCUAGAAACUACAUGCGCCUUUAUAUUUGUGGAGAGAUUGUAGGAGAGCAAGUCUUAACUUCCUUGAUGACCAAUAGUACAAAUUCAGAUUGCGCACGAAAGAUAUCGUUAUUCAGUGUUGGUGGAGAUGGUUAUAGUGUUCAGGGUUUCAUCCACUGUGCUGAAGUUUUGCCUUCUAAUGUCCCGGCAAAUUAUCACUACACAAAGGACCCACCUUUAUGGUUAUCUGUUGAUAAGCCAUCUACAUCUGGAAUUGGAUUAGAUAAAGAUGGUGUUUGGAUUAUCGUUAGCGGAACAUUUUGUUCCUUGGAUGUUGUUUUAACCAAUGCUAUUGGACAGCCUGUGCACAAGGAUGUGAAGGUUGUGGCUUCUCUACUGUAUGCUGAUAGUGGGAUGCCAGUUGAGAAGAUGAGUGACUCGGAGGCUCCCCUUUUGGUAAGCUAUGAAGGAGUUGAAUUCUCUGCUGAAGAUAAGCCAUGCAACUUAUUGAACGGAUGUGCUUCUUUCAAGCUCAAAUUAUCUCAGCUUUCUUCCAAGAGUGAUAAGAGAUUGUUCUGUGUCAAAUUCGAAAUACCAGAAGUGAAGGCCUAUUAUCCUUUCCUUGAAACUGUUACCAACCAAAUCCGUUGCAUUUCGAGGAACCAUGAUUCUCUUACCCCUAAAAGGUCGAAUCGCAUAGAUUAUCCAUUAGAUGGAGGAGAACCAGAACUUGCUUCAAGAAGUAAUGGAACAUCCGACAUUCUACAUAGCUCUUCCUCUAUGAAACGGAUCAGAUUAGGGGAAGAAAAGGUUUCUGAGAGUGAGACUGAGAAUGGAAAUGGUACGAGUAUGGAAUGGAGACCUCAGAACCAUGAAGAAGAAGACGAAGAAGAUAACUCUUCAACUGAUUCCGAAAACACUGAAAUUAGAGACUCGACUGCUUUCAGGAGAUAUACAAUCUCAGACUCGAUUAUUUUCAAAUACUGCCUUGGAAACUUAACAGAGAGAGCUCUUCUUCUGAAGGAAAUCACAAAUAAUUCAUCAGAUGAAGAAGUCUCGGAAUUUGUAGAUCAAGUUUCUCUCUAUUCCGGAUGCUUCCACCACAGCUAUCAAAUCAAAAUGGCAAGACAAUUGAUAGCAGAAGGAACAAAUGCGUGGAAUCUGAUAUCUCGGAACUAUCAACAUGUUCAUUGGGACAAUGUGGUAAUUGAGAUUGAAGAACAUUUCAUGAGAAUAGCUAAAUGCAGCAGUAGAUCUCUCACUCACCAGGAUUUUGACCUUCUAAGAAGAAUAUGUGGAUGCUAUGAAUACAUAACUCAAGAGAAUUUUGAGAAAAUGUGGUGUUGGUUGUUCCCUGUUGCUUCGGCUAUAUCCAGGGGAUUGAUUAACGGAAUGUGGCGCUCAGCUUCGCCUAAAUGGAUAGAAGGGUUUGUGACUAAAGAAGAGGCAGAACGUUCGCUUCAGAAUCAAGUAGCGGGAACUUUCAUUCUCAGGUUCCCUACUUCAAGAAGCUGGCCACAUCCUGAUGCUGGUUCCUUGGUUGUGACUUAUGUCGGUCAUGAUUUAGUUAUUCAUCAU